ACGGGGCUUGGGAACAGCCUGUCUGUGGACUCUCUGGGUAGUCAGUUUUUUCCCCCUCUCAGCUUUCAGCUGCUUUGGAGAUUAGUUUCAUAGUAAAGAUUCUUUCUUUAAAGCAAUAUGAAGCGACUGCUUGCACAGGGGCACCAGCUCCUUUUCUUUUACCCUGUCUCAAGCCAACAUGUCACUGAAGAAUGAGCCAAGAGUCAACACCUCGGCACUGAGGAAAAUCGCUGCUGACAUGAGUAAUUUGAUAGAAAAUCUGGACACGCGGGAGCUCCACUUUGAAGGAGAGGAGGUGGAGUAUGAUGUGUCUCCCAGCGAUCCCAAGACACAGGAAGUGUAUAUCCCUUUCUCUGCUAUUUAUAAGACUCAAGGAUUUAAGGAGCCUAGUAUACAGACGUAUCUCUCCGGCUGUCCAGUGAAAGUGCAAGUUCUGGAAGUGGAGCGCUUUACAUCCACAACAAGGGUACCAAGCAUCAAUCUUUACACCAUUGAAUUAACACAUGGGGAAUUUAAAUGGCAAGUUAAGAGGAAGUUCAAGCACUUCCAAGAAUUUCACAGAGAGUUGCUCAAGUACAAAGCCUUUAUCCGAAUCCCCAUUCCUACCAGAAGACACACAUUUAGAAGACAGAAUGUCAAAGAAGAGCCUCGAGAGAUGCCCAGUUUGCCCCGUUCAUCUGAAAACAUGAUCCAAGAAGAGCAGUUCUUUGGUAGAAGGAAACAACUGGAGGAUUACUUAACAAAGUUACUAAAAAUGCCUAUGUAUAGAAACUAUCAUGCAACAGCAGAGUUCCUUGACAUAAGCCAGCUGUCUUUCAUCCAUGAUUUGGGACCAAAGGGCAUAGAAGGUAUGAUAAUGAAAAGAUCUGGAGGGCACAGAAUACCAGGCCUGAAUUGCUGUGGUCAGGGAAGAGCCUGCUACCGGUGGUCAAAAAGGUGGUUGAUAGUGAAAGAUUCCUUUUUACUGUAUAUGAAACCAGACAGUGGUGCUAUUGCCUUCGUCCUGCUGGUAGAUAAAGAAUUCAAAAUUAAGGUGGGGAAGAAGGAGACAGAGACGAAAUAUGGACUACGAAUUGAUAAUCUUUCAAGGACACUUAUUUUAAAAUGCAACAGCUAUAGACAUGCUCGGUGGUGGGGAGGGGCUAUAGAAGAAUUCAUCCAGAAAUAUGGCCCCAACUUUCUCAAAGAUCAUCGAUUCGGGUCAUAUGCUGCCAUCCAAGAGAACACUUUAGCUAAAUGGUAUGUUAAUGCCAAAGGAUAUUUUGAAGAUGUGGCAAAUGCAAUGGAAGAGGCAAAAGAAGAGAUUUUUAUCACAGAUUGGUGGUUGAGUCCAGAAAUCUUCCUGAAACGCCCAGUGGUUGAAGGAAAUCGUUGGAGGUUGGACUGCAUUCUUAAACGAAAAGCACAACAAGGGGUGAGGGUCUUCGUUAUGCUCUACAAAGAAGUGGAACUUGCUCUUGGAAUCAACAGUGAAUACAGCAAGAGGACUUUAAUGCGUCUACACCCCAACAUAAAGGUGAUGAGACAUCCAGAUCAUGUGUCAUCCAGUGUCUACCUUUGGGCUCAUCAUGAGAAACUUGUCAUCAUUGACCAGUCAGUGGCCUUUGUGGGUGGGAUUGACCUGGCCUACGGAAGGUGGGAUGACAAUGAGCACAGACUCACGGAUGUGGGCAGUGUGAAGCGUGUCAUCGGGGGACCAUCCCCAAGCUCCGCCACAGCUGAAACAACAGAGUCUAUGGAAUCCUUAAGCCUCAAAGACAGAAGUGAAUCUAAUAAAGAUCCUUCCAUCCUGAAGAAUGUUGAUGAUGCAGAUUCAAAACUGAAAGGGAUAGGAAAGCCCAGGAAGUUCUCCAAAUUUAGCCUGUACAGGCAGCUGCACAGACACCACUUGCACAACGCAGACAGCAUCAGCAGCAUUGACAGUGCCUCUAGUUAUUGUAAUCACUGUAGGAGUCGUCAGAAUUUAAUCCACGGUUUAAAACCUCACUUGAAACUCUUUCACUCUUCCAGUGAGUCUGAGCAGGGGCUCACUAGACCUAACUCUGCCACAGGCUCCAUCCGAAGUUUACAGACAGGGGUGGGAGAGCUCCAUGGAGAAACCAGAUUUUGGCAUGGAAAGGACUACUGCAAUUUUGUCUUCAAAGACUGGGUCCAACUUGAUAAACCUUUUGCUGAUUUCAUUGACAGGUACUCCACCCCCCGGAUGCCAUGGCAUGACAUUGCCUCUGCAGUCCAUGGGAAGGCGGCUCGAGAUGUGGCCCGCCACUUCAUCCAGCGCUGGAACUUCACGAAGAUUAUGAAACCAAAAUAUCGGUCCCUUUCUUAUCCUUUCCUGCUUCCCAAAUCUCAAACAACAGCCCAUGAGUUGAAAUACCAAGUGCCUGGGUCUGUCCAUGCUAAUGUACAGUUGCUCCGCUCUGCUGCUGAUUGGUCUGCUGGUAUAAAGUACCAUGAAGAGUCUAUCCAUGCUGCAUAUGUCCAUGUGAUAGAGAACAGCCAACACUAUAUCUAUAUAGAAAACCAGUUUCUCAUAAGCUGCGCUGAUGACAAAGUUGUGUUCAACAAGAUAGGUGAUGCCAUUGCUCAGAGGAUACUGAAAGCUCACAGGGAGAGCCAGAGGUACCGGGUGUAUGUUGUGAUACCACUGCUGCCAGGUUUUGAAGGAGACAUUUCAACCGGCGGAGGAAAUGCUCUACAGGCAAUAAUGCACUUCAACUACAGAACCAUGUGCAGAGGAGAAAAUUCCAUCAUUGGACAGCUAAAAGCAGAGCUUGGCAAUCAGUGGAUAAAUUAUAUAUCCUUCUGUGGUCUUAGAACACAUGCAGAGCUUGAAGGAAACCUAGUCACUGAGCUUAUCUAUGUCCACAGCAAGUUGCUAAUUGCUGAUGACAACACUGUUAUUAUUGGCUCUGCCAACAUAAACGACCGAAGCAUGCUAGGCAAACGUGACAGUGAAAUGGCUGUCAUUGUGCAGGACACAGAGACAGUCCCCUCCGUAAUGGAUGGAAAACAGUACCAAGCUGGCCAGUUCGCGCAAGGACUUCGGCUAAAGUGCUUUAGGGUUGUCCUAGGCUAUCUUUCUGGACCCAGUGAAGACCUUCAGGAUCCAGUGAGUGACAAAUUCUUCAAGGAGGUAUGGGUUUCAACAGCGGCUCGAAAUGCUACAAUUUAUGAUAAGGUGUUCCGGUGCCUUCCCAAUGAUGAAGUGCACAAUUUAAUUCAACUGAGAGACUUUAUCAGCAAACCCAUAUUAGCAAAGGAAGAUCCCAUUAGAGCUGAGGAGGAACUGAAAAAGAUCCGUGGGUUCUUGGUGCAAUUCCCCUUUUAUUUCUUGUCUGAAGAAAACCUACUGCCUUCUGUUGGAAGCAAAGAAGCCAUGGUGCCCACAGAGGUUUGGACUUAAGAGUCAUAGGUGUUUGCAGCUCAAAGACUUCCACCCUGAAGAGUACAUAGCAUACUGUGACUUUCUGGAGACACAACAGCCAAAGCCAGACCAAGUGCACUCUUGUAUCCAACCUUGGAUCCUUUGGAUUGCUGGGAAGGGCUGUAUGGACAAGAAACAUCAGCAGGGCUUUAUAAUUCCUCCAGCCUAUCCUUGUGAAAGGAGACUACAUUCUUAAGUAGCAUAUACCCAACAGCUUAAACACAUACUUAAAUUCCAUGACGUCUACCAAAGUGCGUGUCCUUCACUAACAAGAAUUUACCUGUAACUGUGAUCUACAUUGCCAAAAGUCAUCUCAACCUCCUUAUUUUUCCCUGAUCCUUACUUACACAGCUGAUGUCUGCUGGACGUGCCUUCUUCUUAUAGCUCAUGAAGGCUCUGAUGGAGAUAUUAUAUUCAUUGCCAGAAGAUGUGAUGCCACUUCAAUGUUAUUCAGGGUUACAUGGGACGGUCCUGCUCAUCUGGUCCUAGAGUAUGUGUGCACCCAGCCGAGGAUGUGGUCUGCACUCCUUUCAUGUGACUGAAAGGAUAGGACAGACCUUAGUCUACAUGGCAGCCCAUGUUAGGUGCUUCUGACUGACACCACAGAGCAACAGGAAGGAAUUAAAUUUGGUUGUUACGACAGAGAUUUCACUUUGCCUCCGAGGGCACUGACAAGAUGUGUCCUUGUGAUAGGGCCCACCUGAUCAAAUUUGAAAACAUGUGGGAUAUGUGAUUACACAGCAACCGAUGAAACUCAAAGACAGAGCAUGCUGCCUUUAGAAACUUCCAUGUCAAUAGGGAUCUGCUCCAGAUUAGAAGAGAAGAUUUCUAAUAGUCCUGUAAAAUUUCUGUCAUCCUUAGCUGCUAGGUUGAUUGAAAUUUGAGUUUCUACAUUUCAAAAAUCAAACCAGUGAAUACAACUUGUCUUUCAAGAGAAUCAGGGGCUUCAAACUCGAACCAAGGGAAUGAGUAGGAGCCUAACCUUAUUUGAUAUUCAGCUCUCCAGCUGGGUUACCUUCUUUAAGAAAAAUUAACUGAUUGCAAAAUAUACGCUACUUCACUUGCAUUAUUAAAUAUAUAUUAACAUUCCACCAGGGCUUCCAAAGAGGUUAGAAUUAUUUUUUAAUUCACGUUAUCCAAGUCUGUGAAUUGUUCUGGAAACUCAGUUUUUGGAUGUUAGCCUACCUUUUGGCCCACAUAGCUCUAAUUUUAUUAAGCAGAACUAUUCUCACAGCCUGAAGAACUAAUGUGGGCUACCAAGAGGCCUGAGGCACAUGUGUGUAGGUGUAAUGAUUACACAUCAAAGGGUUGCCUCAUCUGAAGAAGCAAGGAUCCAGUCUCUGUUUUCAUAGGGCUGAUGGUCCAGUGGGAAAGGAGCACUAAGUCAGUGACCUGGGGUAGUAGGAGAGAGACAGUGUCACACCCAGGAGAGUUUUACAGAUGAAGUGGGACUCUGUAACUCACAGUGGAAAUGAAUAAGCUUUUAUGAUGGCUGAAGAUUGUGAAAUGACUUCAUUCCACAGCAGGUAUAUGCAAGAAUUUGCUAUUUAUGAAGGUUAGAUUGGCAUUUAAAAUGUUGAGUGUACGUUCAAUACCUAAUGAUUUCUUAGGUUUUCUUUUUAAAUGUUUUUUAAAAUAUAGAACAGUCAACACA